CAAUUCAUGGCCACAACCAGUUGGACAAACAAAAGUAGCCUAUUUCACUUACAGGUCCCGUUGCACGGGUAGUGCGUUUCUUCAUGCGUCCUCUGUCCUAUUUUCGACCUCGUCGACGUCUAACCGACAGGUCUCACUUCUCAUUGCUCUCGAGAUGGCGCGGAACAAAGUUCGCCCACGUACGGAUGCCCUCGAUGGGCCAAAUGAAGUGCUUCUAGUGAGCGGAAGUGGUCCGUCAUCAUCUGCUGUCCCCGUGUCCAAGCUUCGACGCGUACUACAGCAAGCAGUUCACUCCUACCACAUCCACCUCUCCUGGACAACUCGACAAACAUUCCUCGUAGUCGUGAACCUCUUCGGGUUGCUCUAUCUUUUCGUGACUGUGCCAUUUCGCGUGGCUUUUUAUUACGAUCCGUACGACGAUCAUCACUCAUGGACAAAGGAACUCACAGUAUUUACCGCUAUCGACACACUUAUUGACCUUAUAGCUCUCGUGCAAUUCAGAUUUUUCUUCAGUCGUUGGAGACGAACACAACCGUCCGUAUUUUCAGCUACGUCUGAGGUGACGUCCACCCGAAGGUCGGAUACCAACACUCUCACUCGAACACCAUCAUUCAUCGAGCAUCAGCGUCAAGGCAAAGUCAAGUGGACAAUUGCAACCAUUUUAUCCGCCUCCUCCAUGCCCGAGACGGUCGUUUCUAAGAGGACACAAUUGCGUUUAGAGUUAUUACUAGAGCUCGUUGCACUGGUUCCGGUGGAGGUAAUUCCAAUCGCUCUAAGAGCGUUUAAUGUGCUGCAUCUGGUGCGAAUUACCAAGCUGUGUCGACUCUACAAGCUUCGGCGUUGUUUCGCACGAAUUGCAAAGCUUUAUUCCCAUCGGGCGUGGUCUCAGCAUUUGUCGUCUACGGGUGUAGAUACUUUAGUUAGGACGAUUGGAGUCUGUGCGGGGUUAUGCCACUGGGCGGCGUGUGGAUAUAUGCUCAUUGCACAUUUGCAAUGCGGUGUUGGCCUAGAAUUCUGCCACCAAGACACAGAGACGAGCUGGGUCGUCCGAGAUCGUCUUUUUGGGGCUUCAGUUGCAAGAAAAUAUGGGCGUACACUGUAUUGGGCGUCGCGAACGCUCGUGUUGCUCGGAUAUGACGAUGUGACGCCUGUUUCCAAUGCAGAAACACUGUAUACAGUGGUUGUUGUGCUCAUGGGGGCGCUAUGUGGAUCGUCAUUACUAGCUAAUUUCCUGUUUUUGUUUCGUUUUCGCAAUGCUCGGUACGCAGCGUACACGACCCAUAUGGACAAUGCUCGAGAAUAUAUGCGCUCUCGCAAUAUUCCACGACCAUUACGGCAUCAAGUGAUGGCGUUUUUCAGCUACUCGUGGAACGCACACCAGAGUCUCGACGGCGAAGAUGCUCUUCGUUUGAUGCCCAAGCAUUUGCAGUCCAAAGUCGUGUUCAACAUCAAGGCCAGUCGUUUAAAGCAAGUGUGUUUUCUUACAAAGGAGAGUAUCGAGUUUACCAACAUGCUGGCACUUGCACUCGUCCGACGGGUAUACUCACCUGGAGACCAGAUCAUCGAGCCAAAGAUCAAUGCGGAGACUUUUUUCGUGAUACGAGGCAAAGUGGUGGUUUCGGCGUUUAACGGCUCGAACGCCAAGGAGUUUUCAGCGGGGGAAUUCUUUGCGGACGUUUGCUUACUCGAUCCAGAACAGUACGAGCAGAAGGCUGUGGCUAAAACGUUUUGCGAACUGUAUGUAUUAGCCAAGAGCAAAUUCGACGAGGCUUUAAAAGAGUUUUAUCGUGGAAACGAGGCUGAUGUACGCUUACGGAUGACUGAUACUCUGGAAAAAUAUCUAAACCAACUUCAGAAGAUGCAAAAAAUGUUGGGUAUGCAAGGUAUUCGCGAAGGUGGAAGCAGGAAAAUGCUUAUGAGCUCUCAUAGUCUGAUCGCCGAAGACAAAACUACGGCCGAAUCCGUUCGAGGCAUCAGCUGGCAGCAUCCUGGAUCGUAUUUCAGUGUAUUGUGGGAUACAGCGCGUCUAGCAGCGAUCGUUUACGUUGCCUUUGAGGUUCCGUAUUUCGCUGUGUUUAUUACUAUGGGCGACGAGGCGGAUAUAUUCAUGGUCCAGCAGGACGUUAGUCUGCGCUACGUGUUAACGGUUUUGGUCGAGGUUCUGUUAGGAAUUGAUCUCUUUCUCCGCGCACGUUAUUUCUCGUAUUUGGACCCGAAUGUGAUGCUGAAUGUGGUGCAACCAAGCCUUAUCUUCGAAAAUUACAAAGCCAAUGGAUUUUAUAUCGACUUGGUAGCAUGGCUACCUGUGGGUCUUGUGCUAGAUUUUCUACCUGCUGGCACAAUUCACGGAUAUUCCGCGAUCUUCCGUCUGCUUCGUAUGCUACGCAUACGUUUGAUACCAAGUUUACUAGCCAAUCUCGCUGAUUUCUAUGGAUUGAGUUCCAAACUACAGACUGUUGUCUUCUUAGUUCUUGGAGUUACUCUGAUGUUGCACGUGGUUGGCUGCGCAUGGUUCCAAAUGACAUUAAUUGAACAAGAUAGCGAUUCUCUGCUUGGUGACAUAGCAACCAUGUCAGCAUUAACCCGCCCCGAGUGUCUGGAACAAGCCACGAAAUUUCAGAACUGUACUUGGGUAAUUUACGAUUGUUACUCGCAUAUUGGCGUAACUUUCCCAGUAGAGAACCCAGAAUCAAUGUACCAGGCUCCAUUCGCGUAUCUGCGUUCGUUGUACUGGGCAGUUGUGACACUGACAGCAGUGGGGUACGGCGAUAUCGUCGCGUACUCUACUGCAGAGAGUUAUUUUGCAGCAUUUUGGAUAUUUGUGGGAGGAAUUAUUAACUUUGGCGUUGUGGGAGCAAUGUCAAGUACUAUUUCGAACGCGAUGGCUCCACACCACCACUAUAUGGAGAAGAUUAAUACGCUGAAUCACGUCUUGGAGCGGAUGGAGGUUUCGGAACAUUUAAGCGGUGAAAUUCGACGCUUCUACCAUCAACAAUUCACUGGAAGAAAGCAAUGUUACGAGUCUCAAUUGUUGUCAAAUUUACCCGACCAAUUGUGCUACAAGAUCUCGUCGCUUUUGCACUCCGAAGCCGUGAAGUGUAUCCCACUUUUUAAUUCAGCGAGCACGGGAUUUCUUAAAGAAGUGACGGGAAAAUUCCGUCACAGAAGUUAUCAAAAUGGCGAAACGAUUUGUCUGGAGGGAGAUGUGUGCCGGAAAUUCUUUGUAUUCUUGCACAACAGCAAGGUCAAUUUGUUUUUUCGACUUCGCAAAGCACCAGUACGUGCACUCUGUAACGGAGACAGCUAUGGUGUGAACGAGUUUCUGUUAAGACGACCAUAUCCUGCAACGAUCCGUGCUGCGGCGCAUGUUCAGGCUUCGGUCAUGACACGAGAACAAUUCGACGUUAUCCAGCGUAAAUUUGCUAAAGACGUUGGUGACAUGAAAUCUAAGGCUGAAGCGUUGGUGAUUGUAGACCAGAAUCGACUUGAACGCAUCGUUGCGAAUCUAGAGAAGCUCAAAUUACAGCCCCACUCCAUGCAUACCCCAACGCUCUUUUAUCAGCGUGACAAUGCUCUCAUUACAAAAGGGACUCAGCAACUCGUUCGUGGGAUACAUUUGAGGGAGUCGUUAACUACAGUAUGGAAUGCGCUCGUCACUAGUUGGAACGUCUACAAUGCGUUUUUCGUUAUAUUUCGAGUGUGUUUUCACUCUCAUCUUCACUUUUCCAGUGGAACUAAUACUGCUAUUUGGGCUGCAGAUAUUUGCUGCGAUAUCUUCUUUGCACUUGAUAUUUACCUUCGACUGUAUUACUUCGGCUGUCCUGAUGUCGGGUUGGAAAACCUGAUCGAGCGGAAAGAGGUCGAUAAACAGUAUCGUCGGAGUUCGACGUUGAAGUGGGAUAUUCUGGCGUCGUUGCCACUCUACACUCCAUUUGCCAGCGGAUCAUUGACUGCCAGUCUGUGUCGAUUACCUCGCCUUAUUAGAUGUAUCGAUAUAUGGACGUACCUUGACGAUGGCAUUAUUCUCAUCCAGCAGCAUUUCGCGUCUCACAAUGUAUCAGCGUAUCUGAGUCCAGUGAAGCUCAUGAUCAUCUUGGUGCUCGUGGCUCACUAUGUGGGUUGUAUUUUCUUUUGGAUCUCAGAACAUGAAUGCGAACACGUUCAAAAGUGCUGGGUAGACAAUGAUCAUCUGCUUCAUCAGUAUCACCACUCGCUGAUUAUGCUAUACGCAAAGUCUUUUUACUGGGCUACCACGACAUUACUGCUAGUAGGGUCUCGUGAGAGUGUUCCUCGUGAUACGGCUGGUACGUUGUGGACAGGCUUCACGUGUUUGUGUUGCACAUUCAUUAUCGGUCACAUUGUGGGAGAAAUAUCAGAACUUAUCCUCGAACUUGGGAAAGAAACAAAACAUUACAAAAGUCACGUCGCGAGUUUCGAGAGUUUUGCGAAAAAACAUGAACUGCCUCAGACAUUACGGGAUCGUAUCACCUAUUUCUUUCGCGUGCACUUCGAGCACACAAAAGGGAGCGAUUUGUUCGCUACAGUGCACGAUUUGUCCGCCAACCUUCGUCUGAAACUAAUGCUUGAAAUUUACGGAAAUUCCAUUGCGAAUCUGCCAAUUUGUCGAUUCUUGACAGCGUCGCAGGUGAACAAUCUAGCAUUACGAUUAAAACCCGAGUUGUUCAUCCCAGGGGAUGAUAUUCUAGUGGAAGGAACGUAUGGGAAUCGUCUGUGUACACUACGCAAAGGCAUGGCUGCUUGCUACUGGACAAGUGCUGUAGCCGCAGUGGCUAUACUAAUGGAAGGCGCAUUCUUUGGCGAGAUCGCGUUCUUCCUCCCUAACCAGCGACGACUUGCUACUGUUAAAGCUACUAUGUUCUGUGAGGUGUUGUACGUUUCUAAACAUGACUGGCAAGAACUCUGGGCGAGUAGUGGCAAUGCGGCAGACACUCACGUUCAGAAACACGCUCUCCAUGCCAUUCUCGGCUGGGUCAGCAGUCGACUACAACGGUAUCAAAACGCCACUCUUCGAGCCGCUAAGCAAGUCAAGCAUUUCGUUUAUCCACCUUCAGAAGAGGGAAAUAUAAAAACACAACCGCAAUCAAACCAUAAAACCGGUCCGGGGAUCUUGCGAGCUGCCACACCUCCACGAAGGAUGUCACAAGCUGAAGUAUGUCGGUUAUUUGUGCACCCGGAGGUGCAGCUCCUGGAGAAGAAAGCUGAGUAUCUAUUAACGAAAAGUGACGAAUGUACGGAGAAAUUCAGUCCAGCUAUCGCUUCCAUCCAAGCGCGAAGAUCGUCGUCGAUAUUCGCAACAGUACGGCGCUCAGUUACACAGAGCAGAGAUCGAACUACGGUAUCACACGGGAGUCAAUGGAAGAGUGGGAACUCCGAUGCUUCAUUUAUGAUUAAAAAGUCUACAGGCGAUACUACAGCGGACAUCCGCCAACUCCAAUUCAUAGUGGACCUUAAUCCACUGAACAAACAUAUUUACAGUGGCUUAAGUACGCAGCGUCUUCGUUCAAUGGAGCGGGAAUGCUGGUCACGCUUUGGAGUUCUCGCGGAAGCCCAGCGUGCAGUUGAUAACCUUCUGAACCAGUUAGUAAUUUCAGAUAAUACUCAAGCUACUCGUCGUCCGGAAAUCAAGAUCCAACCUGGACGAAAGGGAAAAAGACUUCGAUUGAGCACCAGUUUUCGCCUAAAAAAGAGGAACAUGGAAGCUCCCAAGGUGAAAUCUUCACUGAAGAGCACUUUAAAGGUAGGGAAAACACCGUUAGUGUCUUCGGGUGGCAACAAAACCAGGCAAAAAAGGCGUCGGUUGUCUGUGGCAGCGGUUAAUGAACGACCUCAAGUUGGUCCGUCAAAUUCUGAACACGUUGCAACAGACGUACGAAGGUCACGCUGCUUUUCUUUACCAGUAAUUGAGGCCGACUUUUUAAGAGUUACAAAACGUAAACAAGCGCCUAGUCUGUCGAAGACGUCAGGAAUUAGCUUUGAGAUUCUGCAGCGCUGCCAACGACCGCAAUAUGCUAAACAAUUACACUGGUAUCACCUCUAUCGACAGUGGAGAGCUUCUACUAAGGCCUCAGCAAGUCGUGUUCUACCGAAUCUGUCCACCGGAAGUAAACGAGGCUCUAUUGUCUCUCCGACCGGAACCCCAAGCUUCCGCAGCUUCAAUCGUCCUCGCGGUGCUGCAGUAGGAUCGAGGUUACAACUUCCGAGCCAACGAGCACUUUUCUCUGCUACUACCGACUUGCAGUCGCAAGUUUUUAUUCGACGAGUCAAAGAACUGGGCAAAUUGUGGGACUUUGUCAUGCUUACGAUAGCAGUUUAUCAUUUGAUCGUCACUCCAUUCAAGAUCAGCUUUUCACCUGCUCUCAUCGAGUUAUCCGAUGGAACACUACGUAGUUGGUCGAUUGUAGAGAUGCUCUUGGACGUACUGUGCUUGGUUGACGUUCUGUAUCAAUUGCAGCACGCUUCGACGAUGCAACAGAAUAUUUUCUCGGCCUCAAACUCGUCCAAAAACGGCCUUCAUCACGCUCUUACUGCGAAUCCAGAGUUACGAUCGUAUAUUGUCGCGAUGCUGCCUCUUGAACUCCUACUUCUUGCUUCUAACAUCCGUGUACCUAUCCCGGAAUCGUCCAUGUUACACAGUGGUGCAUCAUGGUGGACUACUCGCUGGCUUCUGCGAAUGAAUCGCAUGCUGCUGCUGCGUCGAAUUGAGCCAUUAUCCGAGCAACUUAUUCAGUUUAUGGUGCAUGAUCUCAAGAUACCUGUCAGCGAAGAAAUGCUGUACUUCAUAAGAGGUUUAGCAUCCUAUCUUGCAACUGGUCACCUCCUCGCUUGUAUUUGGUUCAUCACCAGUGAAACUGGAUUCCAUCAAUACGGGACGUCUUGGCUUGCAACUUCCGGCAUGUUGACGUAUAUUGCAGAUGAAUCAACUGUUGUGGAGCAUGCACGUCGAAUGCUAAGCCAGACUGCAAGCACUUUUUCUUUAGACACUGUGUCUCUAAUUCGGAAGUACCUUCGGUCAUUCCUGUUCUCGAUAGAGUGUAUCUCUACUCUAUUUUACGGUGAUAUCUUAUCCAUGAAUCCGUUAGAGUUAGUAGCGGAAAUCAUCAUUACAUUCUGGAGUAUUUACAUAUACGGCGCGCUGGUUGGCGCUCAAGCGGAGCUGUUGGAUGCGCGUGCAAAGAGCGAGGCCAAGUUUGAACAACGUUUAGGAGAACUACACCAUUACGUACUGCAAAAUGACGUUCCCAAGACUCUAAGACGCCAGAUUAAAGCUUACUACGCGCGGCUGUGGGUUCGAGGUCGCGGUGAGAGUGAGUUCUCGUCAGUGAAAAAAGUUUCGCGGUUGUUAUACGAGGAUGUGGUGUCUACUACACUCCGUCAUUUCGCCGCACAAGUUAAGGCGUUCCGAGGAUUAGAGGAACAUUUCUUACGGGCGUUGCUUGUCUGUUUACAGUAUGUUGUGUGUGAGGAGGACGAGGAAAUCGUCAUGAAAGGCGAUGUCGAUAGGAGCAUGUACUUUAUCGCUCAAGGACGUGUUCUAGUCAAGACGGAUGCGUCAGGUGUUACUAAAGAGCGUGGAGAGUACUUUGGCGAGCUGACUUUGCUUUACGGUAUCUCACGAUUAGAGACAUGCGUCGCUCUUACUGUAACGGAGUUGCAUCGACUAGAUCACGAACCCUACGAGCGUCUACUGCUAGAAUUUCCAGAAUAUCGAGCACGCAAUAAACUAGCAUGGACUACAUUUGCUGAGACCGUUAGAGUAGUGCCUCAGUUCCCCCCUCGGUUGCACAGAACGCUGGCAUCGAGACCAAGUAUUGCCAGAGUGGUGCCUACUACAGCUGAGAACAUGGAGUCACGACUACAAUUCUCGUUUGUAUUGGGAUCCUCAAUGAAAAUGCUGGCCAGUCUGCAGUCACUACACCCGCUGGAAGCGAAAGAUCUGAUUCUUAAGUGUCGGGAUGGUGCACGCAAGCAUCUGUUGCGAUGCGUAACACCUGUUAGUAGUAACGGGGCACAAGCGGAACACUCGGAUACGAACGGACCAGCCAAAUUGACAAAAUAUCCAGCAUAAUCUGUCAGUUCUUCACGUUAUAGUUAAAGAAAUUCUAUUAUUUUUAAGCUUUCUCGA